AUGUCACCGAGCCCCGCCAGAGUUGAGGAGGAGGGUUGGAGAUGCCCUCAAAAAGGGGGCUCGGAGACUUGCGCCCAAAUAUGGAUGGGCCUGAAGAGUCGUGUCCUUCGGGAGGCCGAGAAAGCCCGUCUCAGGGACAAGGAGCCCGAGCUUGGAUGGUCAGACCCGGGUUUGGACUCUAGUAUGGAGAAUGUGGUACAGGGGCCGUCACCCGCGGAGCACAUUAGGGUGCUCCGAAGCCAAGGCAGGUGUGACGCCCUGUUAAAGACAGAAAUCCUGGAGAUGACGGAGCUCCGUUAUCUCAAGAAAAUUAAGGAAAAGAUAGCUUCUCAGACGAGUAAUAUAGGCCAGACCUGGGUCGUGAAGGAGGCCAGAGAUAAAGCCGAGAUGGAGAUAGUGACCUUGAAGUGGCCGAAAUGGAAAAGGAUCACGAUACCGUUCAAGACGGAGGACCUCCGGCUGACCGGUCUUGACUACUCGGUCACGCCGGGGGACGUAAGGGCGGCUUUUGCGGUCGCAGGUGGGUGCCCACCCGAAGAGAUUCGGGUGGGCGACAUCAGGCGGGCGACGGGGAGCCUUGGCAUGAUUUGGGCCCCGAUGACCGCCGCGAUAAAGGCGGCCAGAACGGCUCGCAUUCGUGUGGGCUGGGACAUUGUGGGGGUCGCGUUGCUUAAGGCGCGACCCCUGCAGUGCAUCGGCUGCCUAGGCUUCGGGCACGUCAAAUCGGCGUGUCCGAGCCCAGAGAUGGAGCAGGCCCGGUGUUAUCUGUGA